AUGUGGAGAGAGACAUUGUGCGUUGUGGUUGUGUGGGUCAUACGGAGGUGGCUGAUGCAGAGAGGGUCUCUAUGUUUGCGGAGAUGUGGCUAUGACCCAACAAGGGCACCAUUGUGGUUGGUGACAGUGACCAGUUAUGCACGGUGGCUGGUCGGUGGUGACAUUAUGUAUGGCGUGGAUUCGAAUCUGUAUGUGUCGGUCUCGAGGUUGUAUGAAUUAAUGGUCAGUUGGAAAAUGCAACAGUUGCUGUUGAUGCAUUGUCUGUAUGAGAAACUUGUUGGUGGUCUUGAUGGUUCGAUGAGUCAGCGAGAUGCUAGUUUAGAGUCCAUAGCUACAAUUCUUAAAAAUAAUCCAGGUGCUGUCUCGAAGUUUGUGGAGCUUCAAAAUGGAAGAGCGCUGCGUUCUGUUGCAGCCCUUGGUGCUAUUAGCAACAUAGUAGUGGACUUUACACCAAAUAAGUCAACAAUCAUACAAUGUGGAGGCAUUAAAGAGCUUGUCCAUUUGACAAAGUCUAUGGAUUCAUCUUUAAGGUUGAAUGCUGUGUGGUCCUUGCGGAACAUGAUAUUUCUUGCGGAUAAGAUGUGCAAGGAAGCAAUUUUUAUGGAGUUGACUGCUUCUUCAGUAGCUACCCUUAUCUGUGAUCCUGAGCCUUCUGUUCAAGAGCAAGCUUUGGCCCUUGUUCGCAAUUUUGUUGAUGGAUGUAUGGAUUGUGUGGAAUUUGCUUUUGCUGAAAAUGGUAUCAUACUGGAUGCUGUUGGAAGGCAAUUGAAAAAAUCCCCAAGAAUUGAAAUCAUUAUACAGGGGAUGUACGCAGUCAGCAAUAUUGCAAGUGGAAACGAGUUUCAUAAAGAAGCCAUAAUGCAGAUGAUCUUUCCACAAGCAGAAAGUGGACCUCAGUCAUUCUUGAGUCAGUAUUUGCAGAGUAAUGACAGCCGUCUACGCACAUCUGCUGCUUGGAUCAUAGUAAAUCUCACUGCUCCUGCAAGCCCCGGUGCAUUUGGCCGGAUUGCAAAACUGCGCAAUUUUGGCCUUGUUGCUCAAAUCAAGAGGAUGGCCAGUGACCCUUGCAUGGAUGUUAAGCUUCGAGCACGAGUUGCACUUGGGCAGAUUAUUUCUUUUGGUGAUAGUUAA